CCAAACACUCCUUCGACUGUUACCAGCUCUACCUCAAACAUAUCCGCUAGUUCGACUUCUGCCGUGUCGUUGUCCAAUACUACCAGUACCACCAUUGUCCCCACCCCGACGUCUUUUGUCGAUUCGCAAACAUUGCAAGCUAUGUCGACGGUCCUCAAUGGAAGACUAUCAUUCAUAACCGCAAGCAUCACCAAUGUUUCGAACAUCUCUGCAUGGCUUUCCACCCUCGGACCAGACGGUCAAUGGCCCACGUCUGAGAUCGAUUACACCACAGGCUGCGAUGCUCAACGCGCCAAUUGGCCUGCGGGGGAUCAUUGGACGCGUAUAUUGACCAUGAGCGCUGCGUGGCACGGUGGCAUACCAGGAGAAGAACAAUGGGUCAACGACUCGAGUCUGGCAACUGUGAUCUCCUCUGCCAUGAAUUACUGGUUUGCGAACGACUUCACCGUGGCGGCGUGUCUUGACGAAGGCGGAACGGAUGAGUGCCCUUGCGGCACACCAGGACUGUGGAACACCAACUGGUUUUCGAAUGUUAUUCUCGUUCCUAAACUGGUCGAUGAGAGCUGCCUCCUCUUCAAUGCGGCCCUAUCCUCCUCUGAAUUCUCAAGUUGCGCCAGUAUCUCAGCACGAUCCUAUGAUACAUUUUAUAAUGGCUCCAAGUCAUACCUCUCCGGGGCCAAUAUCCUCGACGUGGCCAAAAUUGGGAUCGACGUCGCUCUUUUGACGACCAAUGCUACUCUCAUUACCGAGGCGUACGGGAGGAUCAACGCAGAGGUGGUCGUCGAGCCUGGUAUCAAAGUCGACGGGAUCAAGCCCGAUGGAAGCUUCGGGCAACAUACCGGGUUGCUGUAUAACGGCAACUAUGGCAAGGAUUAUUCCAAUGAUGUACUCGAACUAGAGAUAGACGCAGGCAAUUCCCAGUUCUCCGCUAAUGAUUCGUCGAAGACCGCCUUCGAGACAUUGAUCGACGGAGAUCAAUGGAUGAUAUACCGAAACGUCCUCACCGGCACGCUCCACUGGGAUUUCAGCUCUCUUCCGCGUUUCAUCUCCUUCGCUGUAGCCGAUCAGAUGGCAACAGGCAGCUUGAACCUCAAUCUCACCGAGAUUCAGCAGCUAGGCGAGCUAUGGAACUCGUCGAGCAUGGUUGAUGUCUAUAACGCCCUGGUCAAGAACACAUCGGAUGCAAACGCCGGGGCGCUCUACGGCAAUCGCAACUUUUACAGCAACGAUUACAUGGUGCAACGCGGGAAAGGUUACGUGACUACCCUCAAGAUGUACUCCAACCGCACGAAAAACACCGAAUGCACUAAUACUCAGAAUCCCUACGGAUUCCACUUGUCAGACGGUACACUCUACACCUACCUUGUCGGAAAUGAAUACGAAGAUAUCGCCGCCUCAUGGGACUGGAAUCUCAUUCCCGGCACAACCACCGAUUACGGCGCCACACCACUCUCGUGCAGCUCUGCGACCUUCACCGGUCUUGAGUCCUUUGUUGGUGGUGUCACAUAUCCUUCUACGGCAGGAAAGACGGAAGGUGGAGUCGGUAUUGCAGUCAUGCGGUAUACGAAUCCGUACACGAAGUCUCUCAGCUGGCGAAAGGCUUGGUUCUUCGUGGGUGGGGACGUUCAGAGGGUCAUGGUCACGAAUGUGACGCAAGCGUGGAACGCGACGGGGAACUCGACCACUCCGCCCCCAGUAUACUCCGUUUUGGACCAGCGGUUGCACAGUGGGCACGUAUACGUAGAUGGGAAGAAGAUACAGCCGGGUGGCGGGAACUGGACCAAUGCCAAAUCGUUGUGGCACGGUGGGGUCGGAUACAUUUUCUCUUCCGAGCACAAUCGGGAACACGAUAACUCCUCAUCUUGGAACUCUUCCUACCACAGACCCGACUCCCCAUUCGGCUUGACCGUCUCAACGGGUCCAAAGACCGGAAAUUGGUCUUCGAUCGGAACGUCAACCCAACCGCCCACAACCGUCGAUCUCUUCUCCGCAUACAUUCACCACCCAUCUUCUUCUCUUUCGGAUCCCUUGGAAUACACAAUCUACCCGGCUACGUCGUCCUUCGGUGCUUUCGAAAAGAAAAGUGGCAAGCGGCAAGACUCGCUCCGUACGUUGAGGAACGACGGUGAGGUGAUGGCAGUAUGGGAUCAGGAAGCAGCGACGCUGUUCGUGGUAUUUUGGGAUGCAGACGGUGGGACGCUUGUAUCCGGGGACGCCCAACGGCGGAGAAACGAGGAGUUCAGUAUCUCGUCCGAUGCAAACUCCGUCCUUGUCUACGCCGUCAGUAAACGUGAAAUAGCCGUCUCGGAUCCCUCCCAGACCCUGAAUAACCUACGACUCACUCUCGAGGUCUGUUCCAAGGACACAAAAUCCUCUGGUAGACGUUCGGAUGCAGACGAAGAAUGGAGCCGGACCUUCGCUGUCGCAUUACCUUCCGGGCCUGGUGGGAAUGCGGGAAGUAACGUCAUGGUCGACGUGAGCUGAUGAAAAUGAUGGGCAGUUUUUCUUUUGAUUUGAUUUGAUUGAGCAGCGGCGCUCGAAUCCUGACGAUUUACUUACACACUCCUUACUACAUUAUAUUACUGACGUCUGUCGCAACCUGUCUUUAAC